UCAUUCUGAGAUCUGCUUCGCGCGCGCUCUGUAAUAAAUUUGUGGGCUGUCCAGCCAGUUUAGUUUAGUGCCGACCAUUCGAUGUACGUAUCAGUCUCAGACGAUGUAGGAGACGGAUCGAAAACUAUGUUUUAAAAAUAUUGUGUGUUUGCCUUCGCUUUCCAAAGGUACUUGAUCGGCUCAAUCUCAGGGCAGAUUAGUCGAUCUAGUACGUCCAAAGACAAUAUUUCGAGUGUUCACAUUCUGACACACGCAUAUCCAGAUUAUUUUCGUGUGAUAGAUGAGACUGCAAUGAUGUCAGUGCUUAAAAAUGCGAUAGAGUGUUUGGCAGUCUUGAACAGUUCCAGUUUGCGUGAACCUUACGAUGCUGUCCUCUUAGAAUUCGUCCCAUCAUGGAUGUUUACCAUGGAGUACAUCCCUUGGUUGUGGGCCAUCAUAGGUUCCAUACUGGUGGGGCUCAGUGGCGUGCUACCUCUGUUUAUUAUACACGUCGAUCAGAGUGACAUCCUGAAACAAGGAGCAAGUGCAAAUUUUUUGAAAGUUCUUCUGGCUUUUGCUGUUGGAGGCCUACUUGGAGAUGUAUUUCUUCACUCUUUACCGGAAAUAUGGGAAAGAGAAAUAGUGACUACUGGAGGCAGAGGAUUGGGCAAUGGUCUCCUAAUUUUGACAGGAUUGAUGGUGUUUGUAAUGGCAGAAAAAGUUUUCACUGUGAUAGGUGAUAUAACGGAAGAAAGAAUAGCAUCAAGCAAAAUACCAGAGAACAACAACAUCAAAGGAGCUGUUAUACCAAAUAAAAAACAUAUCACCGGCUACCUGAAUCUACUUGCCAACACGAUAGACAACUUUACCCACGGCCUAUCAUUGGGUGGAGCCUUCUUGAUAUCCUGGAGGUCAGGAUUGUUCACAACAUUCGCCAUAUUGGUUCAUGAGAUACCCCAUGAAGUUGGGGAUUUUGCUAUUCUGCUCAAGUCGGGGUUCUCCCGUUGGGACGCCGCUGUCUACCAGUUGCUCACCGCCAGUGGCGGCCUCUUUGGGUCGAUGGCCGCACUUUUGUUCAGCGGGGCGGCCAAUUCGAUAGAGGCUAGAACGUCUUGGAUCCUACCUUUCACCGCUGGAAGUUUCUUACAUAUCGCCUUAGUAACAGUUCUUCCAGACCUACUCAAAGAAGAGGACCCAAAGGAGUCUUUGAAACAACUACUUGCUCUAAUGUCAGGAAUCGCAGUGAUGGCUUUUGUUGCUGUCUUUGUCGAGUGAUUUUUCUCACGAAAAUGAACUGGAUUACCAAUUUGUUGCCAUAUUUAAGUUCUUAGGUCAGUACAUAAGAUUAAUAUUGUUUUCCCAUUGUUCUUUUAUGGGACCCCUUCAAUUUGAAAUUUCGAUAUUUUUAACAUGUCAAAACUACCAGUAGUAUUCUUAAUUUCAGUAACUUACGUAAGUUAUUUCAAUUCCAAUCAGAAAUUUUUUUUAUUGUACAUAAUAUGUACCUAUAUCGUUGUUCAAAUUUUAUCCAGUUCUAAAUUCUAUUUUAGUGAUGUAGACCCCAAAUGUUAUUAUUAUAUUAGAAUGCUCACUUUUCGAUGUAAAAGUAAUUCUAUAUCUUUGGAAUUAUAUUUUUUAGACGUUAUUGAUGUGAUCCGAUAUUUCAAUUUGGAAUAUCGAGGUUGUUUAUGUGAUAUUGAGUGACAUUCUCAAAAAAAAAAAUGGUACAUGGGAACUACUCUAUCUUUUAUAGAAAGUACUUAAGGAAAAAGUGCUCUUAUGAAAUGAAAAUUAUCGAUGUUUUAUAUCAUGUGAAUAAAGAAUGUAUAUAAAUAAUGCAUGUAAAUAAAACAAAUAUCAAUAUGA